AUGCGGAUUCGAGAAAAAUUAAAAGUUGGCAACCACAGUUCUGUCAAGAACACCCUUACGAAUAUGUCCGAUUCAACAUCAUCAUCAUCCCUUGUACCUCAAAUCAACAAGUUUCCUCGCAUAAUAAUUCAAUUCUGUACCAAAUGCAAAUGGACGAACCGAGCAAUUUGGUACGCUCAAGAACUUUUUCAAACAUUUGACGCCAACACCAUCGCUGACAUUUCUCUUCAACCAAUAAUAGAAUUUGCAGGUAUAUUCCAAGUGCUUAUCCAAGUAGGGUCCACAGUGGAAUUGAUUUACCGUCGCAAGUUCAAAAAAGAUGGCGAUGAUUUGGAUCCACAAUUGGCUGAAGUUACAUAUGAUGGGUUUCCCGAUGCUAAGUUUUUAAAGAAUUUGGUCAAGGAUAAGAUACACGAGGUUGAAAAGAGGGCUAAUGGGGAAGGUGUUACCAGUUCCAAGGUUGGUGAUCACUUGGUUGGUAAAGGAAGUCUAUUAAACGACGGAGGAGUAUGUCAAGAAACUGAAGAAUGCGUUGAAUGCAAGCGAGAGGAGUAG